AUGAACAACGUGACAAUCAGUGACAGAUGCCGCAAUAUUCGACAGCAGUUGACAGACCUCCUGGCCGUACUGGAGAAUGGAUCCAUAUUCGCCCAAGGGUCAACAACGGUCACUCCCUCUUCGGUUAAGGAGGUUCUAGAGAGAUUUAUGCUGUGGGCUGGAAAUCUGGGAGUACUAAGGAAGUCUACAUCAAAACUAUCUCUAGACAGCAGGCUAGCAGGUUCCUCGGAUUUGCGGGACUACAUCUGUGCCGAGUUGGAGGAUAUGUCUGAGGAGCUUGAGGACCGUGACGGAACCGACCGCUUCCAUCGUGCAUCUCGGGACUCGACCAAUGCCUUCCUGGAUCGUUUUGAUAUUGACUAUGUACGGCACAAGCAUCCAAAACUAGGGGACGGAGCGCAGUCAUCCCGUAUGGGAAGGGCGAUUGCGAAGCGAAGACAGUUCAUCCGCUAUUGCCGAGACCACAAAGACAAUCUGGCGGCCGAGGAAGAGGAAGACAAGGCCGGAAGCCAAAAAGCCACAACAGACAAGCAGUCCAGCAAAGCGACAACGUUCGUUGCCAAGGAAAACCUGAUGGAUAUCCUUCAGGGAUCUGCGGACAUCCUUGGAGAAGAAGACGCUGUCUCUCUUUGCAGCGUUUCUACCACGUCCGAAUCACUGGCAGUCCUGAAGCUGCCGCGACUCGCAGACCUAUCCCCGGAAGACGACCCCUUCGAAUGUCCUAUUUGCUACACUCUUCAGCAAUUCCGCUCGGAACAGGCAUGGCGGCGUCAUGCGUAUCGCGACCUUAAAGCCUAUAUAUGCACAGUGGGCGGAACCGAAUGUGACGACAAGUUCUUCGAAGACCGGACAUCGUGGUUUGAUCACGAACUUGAACAGCAUAGAUGCAAUUACAUGUGUGUUCUCUGUGGAGUGAACGACGGAAAAGCCAAGACAACUCGAAGCAAACUCAGACAACAUAUCCUCAGUACUCACGGUGAUUUCGAAGCCGAUCAACUCGAGAGGCUUGAAGAUGCUGGCCGGGAGACCAUCACGUCCUUCAAGACCAACGAUUGUCCCUUUUGCGAUGAUUGGUCUAAACUCAUGGCAAACAGGAAGCCCCCCGGGAGAGAAGCUCAACUUGAAGACGGCUUCCUCGUCAGCAUGAGCCGGUUCAAGAAGCAUGUCGCCAUGCACUCGGAGCAACUUGCCAUUUUUGCCCUUCCACGACAUGAACAUGAAACGGGCAUCGACGAAGACGCAUCGCACGGCUCUGAUUCACGCGUGAUAGAAUCCCGUAGCUCGGCAAGUGGUGCAGCGUCAUCCAGAUCAGGAGACGACCUAGGCAUUGAAGAUCACCAAAGUGACCAAAUGACGCCGACUGAUGAAGUCUCUGUCAUUAGAGCCAUUCAAUCUAGGCUGAAGUCUCAGGCUUGGCCAACAACCGGUUGGCAGGCUACACAUAUCCAGUUGCUGGAACGCGUCCAUAAGACAUCAGCCUUGUACGGAGUUCGGGCAUUACCUUCUCAGAGAGCUUAG